UUUUUUUUUUUUUCUUUUCAAUUGCAAGAACUUUAUUAAGCAAAGCCCGGUGAACACCCAGUGACAGUCUCCCGGCGGCGGUGGUCUUUGGAUCUCUCUUGUUUCCUGCAAUCUCUCACCGUGAGUGUAUUCCCCUUCGAUUGACGAUGCCAAGCAAGAAAAAGAAAUACAACGCCCGAUUUCCGCCGGCAAGGAUUAAGAAGAUUAUGCAGACGGAUGAAGAAAUAGGAAAAGUUGCUGCUGCUGUCCCUGUCAUAAUUUCACGAGCUCUUGAGCUAUUCCUGGAAUCACUCCUAAAGAAGGCCUGUCAGGUCACACAAACGCGAAGUGCCAAGACUAUGACCACAUCACACUUGAAACAGUGCAUAGAACUUGAGCAGCAGUUUGACUUUCUAAAGGAUCUUGUGGCCACUGUCCCGGACAUGCAGGGAGAGACUGAUGACAAUCACACAGAGGGGGAGAGAGUGUCAAGGAGGGGUCGGAAACCAGGAAGUAGUCGAAAGAAUGGAGGAACAACUGUGAGAGGAAAAGAUAAAAAGCAAUCUGAGACAGAUUCAGAUCAAGAGGAUGAUUCAGAAGGCACUGAAACAGAGGGCGAGGAAGAGAUGUGUACUGCUCCUCCUGCAGGAAAUCAAUCACAUGUCACUUUUCAAAGCCCUCCUCCAGCUCCAACUUUCCAUCAUUUCCAUUCUGGACCUUCCCUACCCCAAGUACCUGCUGCUCUGCCCACAAUGCCAGCUCCGUUGCCGCCCGCUGUAUGCGAAGAGGAAGAGGAUUAUGAUUCGUAGCCUCUAGAGAGACCCAUUUAAAUUCCGUUUUCAUUUAUUUGCUUUUCUUGUUUUUUCCUUGUUUUAUUUUGGUUUUUAAACAGGGGCUAAAAGCCUUGGGGAUAGUGGGGUUUAAUGUGUUCUUAAAUUUAUUAAAAAAGGAGGUGGAGAAA